AUGGGCAUCUCUGGAGUCGCGUGGCUCUUGGUGGUCUGCCAGCCCUUGCUGAGUGGAGCACUGCCGACUCCGUCGCCACCUGGAAUACCAUCUGCCUCCACUGCCGUCAGUGAACUUGCGGGACUGACGGUAGCUGCCCAGGGAUCACAGGACGGGUACAGCCGGACUUUGUUUCCGCACUGGAUCACCCAAAGCGGCACAUGCAACACACGUGAGGUCGUAUUGGCUCGAGACGGAACAAAUGUGGUCCAAAGCUCUAGUUGCGCUGCCACAAGUGGAUCCUGGUACUCUCCAUAUGACGGUGCAACUUGGUCAGCUGCAAGUGACGUUGACAUUGAUCACAUGGUUCCGUUGUCGAACGCCUGGAAGUCCGGUGCUGCUAGCUGGACGACGGAAGAUCGCCGUGCUUUCGCCAAUGACCUUACGAACCCCCAACUUCUCGCCGUCACAGAUAGUGUGAACUCAUCAAAGGGAGACAAGGGCCCCGAAGACUGGAAGCCCCCUUUGGCGUCUUAUUACUGCACGUAUGCCAAGAUGUGGGUCAAGGUGAAGUCAGUCUACAAACUCACUGUGACUUCAGCUGAAAAGUCUGCUCUUGUCCAAAUGCUGGACACAUGUUGA